AUGAACAGUCGUCGUCUGUUGCGGGUUGCUGCUAUUGCUAUUGCUGUUGUGGGGUGCCCCCAUGCCUGGGCGUCACCGCUCACGUUUGAGUUGAAAGGUGGCCAGCGGGAGUGUUUCUACACGCUGACGCCGGACGUGGACUGCGAUGUGUCGUACUAUUUUGCCGUGCAGCAGUCUGCGAACAACGACUUCAAAAUUGGGUACGAGGUGUUUGGCCCGGACUCUGCGACGGAGGCGAUCAUCCGUCGCGAGGGCGAGCGGCAGGGCGAGUGGGGGUUUGUUGCCGAGCCCAAGGGCGAGUACUCUUUCUGUUUUUACGACCCUGGGCACAGCGACAAAGUGGUGGACUUGGAGAUCACGUACAAGUGUGCGAAGCAGGACGCGAGGGACCUGCGGCGUGCGGCACGCAAGAGGCAAAAGCCGUUGGGGGAGGCCCCCGGGCACGAUGCAGCAGAGCAAUUGCAAGGGUCCCUCGAGAACUCAGUCGACACGAUUGAGAGACAAUUGUACCAGUUGGAGCGGUCGAUGCAGUACUACAAGACGAGAAACAACCGGAACCACGACACGGUGCAGUCCACCGAGCGCCGCAUCGCAAUGUUUUCCCUGUACGGUAUCGUGCUCAUCUUGGGCAUGUCCGCCGCACAGAUCGCCGUGCUCCAAUGGUUCUUCAAGGAGUCCCGCAAGCAGAAAGUAUGA